UGCUCCACGAUUUUGGUUGUCGUCUAUCGGCUCCGCAUGAACCAUAGCUUGAUAGAUUACUCCAUCUAGCGAUGUCUAGACGAGCUUGACGGACAAGUCAAGAAGGACCAGAAUGACGGAAAGGCGAACGCCAUUCUUUAUAGCUCAGUUCACUAACCCCUGGUCCAACACACACCGCCGGAAGGAUCAAUCUGUUGAUAGGAUAAACGGAAGAUGACCGGUCAGUUUGCGGAAUCCGGGCAGCGACAGCCAACUGCAUAUGUCAACUCCGCGUUGAGAAAUGUUUCCCUCAGUUUUGCUCGGCUAGACCAUCAGCACUACGGAGCCCAGCUUCACAACCAUGGGCAAAGAAGAGGAUGUGAUUGAGGUUGGCAGAGAUGUUGAGAGAGACUUUCCGCAAGAUGAGAAGCCCGACUUCUCUGGCGGGGAAGAGGUGGUUGGGAUGCAGGACCUUGAUCCUGCUCUGGAUAGGAAGAUGCACUUGGUCAACAACGCAUUGGACCAAAUUGGUUGGACCAACUAUCACCUCAAGCUCUUCUUCCUCAACGGCUUCGGAUAUGGAGUAGACGCGCUCCAGCUGUCUCUUCAGGGCAUCAUCGCCGUUCAAGCCGUCCUCGAGUUCCAGCCUUCGUAUGACAAAGGCCUGACCAUCGCUCUAUACAUGGGAAUGCUUCUGGGUGCCCUAUUCUGGGGCUUCUUCGCCGACAUCAUCGGCCGCAAGAUAGCUUUCAACAUCUCGCUCUUCAUCUGCUCCGUGUUUACCAUCGCGACCGGUGGGGCUCCCAACUGGGCUGGGCUCGGUGUCUUGAUUGCCGUUGCCGCCUUCGGCGCUGGUGGCAACUUGAUCCUUGACACGGCUGUCUUUCUCGAGUAUCUUCCUUCGAACAAGCAAUGGCUUCUCAGCUUGUUGCCUGCUUGGUUUGGCAUUGGAUGUACCAUUGCCGGCCUAGUCGCUUGGGGGUUCAUGCCAAACUUCUCCUGCGCUGAUGCCAGCGACUGCACCAGAGCCAACAACAGCGGCUGGCGAUAUCUCAUGUACACCAUGGGAGCUUUCAUCGCCGUGCUGGCCGUCGCCCGAGUCACCGUCAUCCGUCUUCAGGAAACUCCCAAGUUCCUCAUAGGCCAAGGUCGCGACGAGGAAGUUGUAAACAACCUUCAGGGAAUUGCCAAGAGAUACAACCGCCCCUGCAACCUCACUCUUGCCCAGCUGGAAGCCUGCGGUACAGUCAACUCAGCUCAUUCAAAGAACCGCUUCUCCGUCGGCGAGUUCCUGGUCCACCUCCGCAGCUUGUUUCUUACAAAGAAGAUGGGCUUCACGACCAUCCUGCUGUGGCUGUCCUGGGCGAGCAUCGGUCUCGCGUAUCCCCUGUUCAACGUCUUUCUGCCCUACUACCUGGCCAGUCGAGGUGUCCAGUUUGGAGUCACAAGCACCUAUGAGACGUGGAGGAAUUAUGCCCUCGUGCAGGUCUGCGGAAUAUUCGGACCUGUACUUGGUGCGGUCAUGUGUAACUGGAGGCCCCUGGGACGAAAGUAUACCAUGGUCAUUGGCGCCUUGGUUACUAUGGCCUUCUUCUUUGCGUACUCGCAAGUCAAGUCGCAGGUGGAAAACAUCGCCUACAGCUGUGUCAUCUCCUUUACGCUCGAGAUCUACUACGGUGUCCUCUACGGAUACACUGCCGAGUCGCUGCUCUCUGCCCAUCGUGGCACGGCCAACGGUAUCGCUGUCGCUUUCUGUCGACUCGCAGGAGCUUUCUCAGCUGUAGUGGCUACAUAUGCCGAUCCGUCUACCACGGGUCCCGUCUUUGUGUGUGCGGCGCUUUACGGGGGACUUGCGCUAUUUGCCGUCUUGUUCCCCUUUGAACCGUAUGGCAAGCGAGCUGCCUAA